UCGGUGUGCGAGACACAACCACAUCGCGCUUCGAAAGGUACACACACACACUGCCACAACACACACAUCUCAUACUCACACACACACACACCUCUCACACACACUCGCACUUAUCGCGUGAGCGUCGCGCGCGUUUUGUUGCUUGACUUUGCUGUGUGCUGCAAGUCUAAGUUGUUGCCGUCGUCGUUGUCGUCGUCGCCGUUCGUCGAGCUUCGUUCGCUGAUGAGAAACAAGCAUGUACGUGUGAAUACUACUUCAGUUUAAACAAAACAAAGAGGAAGUUGGCCAAAAUUAAAUGCAUGCAAAUUUGACUAAAUUGCAGAGGCAAAAAACCGUUUAAAAACACAGAAAUAAAAUAAACGUUACAAACAACAUGAAUGUAAAUUAAAUACUAAUAAUAAAUUGUACAACACACAAAUUUGGAAAUUAUAUAGAGCAACAAAUGUUUGCAAAAUCAACACGUUUGUUAUAAAACAAAAGCUACACAACUAAUUGGAUUACACAAAAGUAAAAGAUAGAGAAGAGAAAGAUCAUAAAAAGAAAAAAACGGGACGACAAAGCUGCCACUAUGAAGUCAAGCUCUCAAAUUCUCUGCACAGCGCUGCACAUAAUCACAAUUGCAACUCUAACGACACAUGGUGCACAGAUCCCGACCUCUGCGAAGGAUGCACAAACAUCACUAAACGAUGCCAUCGCAGCUGCCGAGGCGGAAGCAUUGGCAACGGGGCAACAGGGCACGCCCCCAGGCAGACAGCCCAGCAUUGAGCCGAGUGUGCGGGUUAAAUGCCUGUCCGGCUCGAUGCUGAUCAGCAUUAAAGAUGCGCCAACAAACCAGGAGACGGGUCUGUUCAGUGGCAUGAUCUACCCAAAAGGCCUCUCCAAGAACUCCACAUGCCUCAGUGAAUACAGAGAUCACAGCGGUACAUUGCGCUACAAGCUGCCACUGCGCAGCUGCAACACGAUGCCCAAGGAAACGGAUGAUGGCAGCAUUGAGUUCUUCAACACAAUUGUGCUGCAGCCGCAUCUGAAGCUGAUCACGGAUCUGGGACGCGGUUACCAUGUGCGUUGUGCCUACAAGAGUCGCGAUGCGGCAGUCAAGCCCAAGAAGAAGCAUCUGCGCAAGCAUGCACAGAAACCGCAGGCGUUCCGCAGCGACGAGCAUGAUCGACGUGACUAUGGCAGAUCGUUGGAUAAACAAGUUUUGGGCGAUGAUGAUCAGCUGUUUGAAGAGGAUGCCUACGAUGUGGAUGCCCAAGAUAAUGAUGAGAGCGAAGUAACGAACAACGAAAUACCCAUGCCCAAUUGCCAUAUGAAGAUCUACAACGAUGAGCACAAGAUUGCGAAUGAUGUCAAGAUCGGAGAUCCUCUGACCAUUGUCAUUAGCAUCGAUCAACAGAAGCUCUAUGGUCUGCACGUCACGGACUGCAUCGUGCACGAUGGCUUGGAUUGGGGUGUGCAACGACUGGUGGGCGAAGAUGGCUGUCCCAUGGACAACGAGAUCAUGGGUCAGUUCAACUACACCGAGAAUCGUCUGGCGGCCAAUGUGACCUUCCCGGCACACAAGUUUCCCUACACCACAUCCGUCUAUUACGAGUGCAAUGUGCGUCUCUGCGCUCUGGAGGAUCCUGCCUGCCAGGAGGCGCCCGUCUGCAAUGGCAAGCGACCCAAGCGUCAGGCAGCCGAUGGAAAAGACGAUGAGGCCCUGCCCGCCACCAUUGAAGUCUUCUCUGGUCUGUUUGUGAAUGAGAACGAGAAUGCCAACGACAGCGAUGAGGUAUACAAAGAGAAGACUCAGGAGGAUGCACUGUGCGUCUCGCAGCGCACGUUUGCCAUAGCUAUUGCCAUUGCUGGACUCAUUCUGAUGCUGGCCGUGGUCGCUGCCGUGCUCUGCAUUAUGGCGCGUCGCAGCACCAAGACGGUGUCCAACUCGGGCAGCUCUAUCUACAGCGGUCCGUACACAACUACCGCCUUUUCGCACAGCAGUUAAGUGGCGUGCGCCAAGAGAAAAAACACAAAAUUGAGCAAAUUCAAAAUUUCAAAGCAAAAAACCAACUUUUCCAAAAUGCAACAAACACUCAAAGUGUUUAAAAAUCAAUUAAACGUGCACCAGAAUGAGGAUACUCGCGCAGCUGUGGAAGCGGAAGUGGAUGUGGAAGCCGAAGCCGAAGCCGAAGCGGAUGCGGAUGCCAACUGCGGUAGUCAAUUUGUCAAAAAUGUCGCUUGACAAACGAAUGUUUUUUAGGGGAGCAGUUUAGUCUAUAAGGUCACAAUAGCUGUGCAGCGGCAACUGUCUAAGUUUAGUAUUUUUAUGAUUAGUAUUUUAACGAAAUUUGAAAUGCCCUCCCUUUCCUCCCCGUCCCCAUUGUGCAGAGAUUACCGCGCAAUUGCUCGUUGGCUAUUGCCCGCUAAUGUCACAGAGUUGUCCAGUGCUGCCCAUAGCAGCAGUCCAGCAUGCGCCAUGGCGUUGCCAGAUCAGCUGCAACUCUGUUUCGCACUCCAGUGUUUUGGUGUAGGACUUCCUUCUCGAUCUUGACGCCGUAGUGCAGUCAUUAAAUACUUAUACUUAUUAUUAACUAUUACUUGGUAAUUUAAAUGCAACUUAACUCGACACUAACAACGAAUGCAGCAGCCGACGCUCAGGUGAUAUUUGUAUUUGUACUCUAAUAUUUAUAAAAACUUAUUUAGUAAAUCAAUUACACAACAAACACCUGCCACACUUUUGUUCUUAGUUGAAUAUCCUGUACAAUUUGUUUCUUGUCAUUUUAUCUAACUACAACUAUUUUGCACUACAAUAUUUAAUGCUAUCUAUUAAGCAGGGCAGCCAAUUUUCAGCACAAUCAACAUAAUUAUUAUUAUGCUGUAUCUAACUUGUAUUAAUUCUCAAAGUAAGCUUAAAACGCCUUUUGCACAGCUUCAUUUGAUCAUUGAACGAUUUCAUCUAACGCUCGCCUGGAGCUGUGCAAUGCGUAUUUGAAAUAAAUACACAAAACAAUAUACUAUUUAAACAAUGCAUAUAUAAAAACGACAACUCUAGUUAAGUGUAAGCUAAAAUUAAUCAAAAUAAAAUGUAAAAUAAAAUUUACCAAUUUGAA